UCUCAAACCUGCCCCAAGGCCCUUCUCUUUCGGUUCCUUUAGAAACCUGGUCCAGGCACCACGCCCCCUUCUCUGAUUAGUGAUUGCUGCUUUUGAUGUCCUGGCUCGCCCUGUUGGUGACCUUUGACCCUUGACUUAAUGGGGUUGAUACCGUCUUGGAUCUCUGACUUUUUUCACCCAUUUGCCAAAUAUGUGGUCCAAACCAAAAGAUGUGGUUGAUCCGCCCUUCCUGCUUCCCCACAAUAACCUUGAGGGAGGAGGGAGUAUACCACAUUGAAAGGAGUGUUGAUCUGCAGCAGCAAAUUAUGACCAUUGUAGAUGAACUGGGCAAGGCUUCUGCCAAGGCCCAGCAUCUUCCUGCACCCAUCACCAGUGCAUCAAGGAUGCAGAGUAACCGCCAUGUUAUGUAUGUGCUCAAAGACACUUCAGCUCGACCGGCUGGAAAAGGAGCCAUUAUUGGCUUCCUCAAAGUUGGAUACAAGAAACUCUUUGUACUGGAUGAUCGCGAGGCUCACAAUGAAGUAGAACCACUUUGCAUCCUGGACUUUUACAUCCAUGAGUCACUGCAGCGUCAUGGCCACGGGCAAGAACUCUUCCAAUAUAUGUUGCAGAAGGAGCGAGUUGAACCACACCAACUGGCCAUUGACCGACCCUCACAGAAGCUGCUGAAGUUCCUAAAUAAACACUACAACCUGGAGACCACAGUCCCACAGGUGAACAACUUUGUGAUCUUUGAAGGCUUCUUUGCCCAUCAACAUCGGCCCCCUGCUCCCUCCCUGAGGGCAACUCGACACUCUCGUGCUGCUGUGAUCGAUCCUGCGCCCUCUGCCCCAGUGAGGAAGCUGCCACCCAAGAGAGCAGAGGGAGACAUUAAGCCAUACUCUUCUAGUGACCGAGAAUUUCUGAAGGUAGCUAUGGAGCCUCCUUGGCCCCUAAACAGGGCCCCUCGUCGAGCUACACCUCCAGUCCACCCACCCCCCCGCUCCAGCAGCCUGGGAAACUCACCGGAACGGGGUCCUCUCCGCCCCUUCGUGCCAGAGCAGGAGCUGCUGCGUUCCCUGCGUCUCUGCCCUCCACACUCUACUGCCCGCCUGCUGCUGGCUACCGACCCUGGGGGCAGCCCAACCCAGCGUCGCCGUACCAGGGGGACUCCCCCAGGACUGGUAGCCCAAAGCUGCUGCUACAGCCGCCAUGGGGGGUUGAAUUCCUCAUCCCCCAAUACAGGCAACCAAGAAUGGAAGCAGGGGGAACAGGAAACAGAGAAUAGGUCUGCCAGUGAGCAGCAGGUCUUGUCACAGGAUGGGUAUGGGGAGGAACCCAUACAUACAGUUCCUCCACAGGCCCAAGCCCCACCAACCCAGUACUGGACAAUGGUUGGGGACACAUUCAACGCCAGGUUCAUUCGAAACUUGCAGGAACGUCGCAGCACCAGGCCAUGGUGACCGUAGCUCCCUGUCUCACCCUCAAAGUAUUAUUUCUCACUACAGGAGAUGACUAAAGCCUGCCCUCUUAAUAGAUAUAUUCAUUCAUUCAUUCAUUGAACAGGCUUAUCAGUGCCAAAUCAUUUGUACCUUAUUUUUAAACAGAACAAUAAAGUAUUUAUUUUUAUCAAGAGA